AUGUCGCGGCCUUCGAAACUCAUCUGGUUCGGGAAACCCCCCACCCUACCCGGUAGCGGCGGCGGCACCGCCACGUCCUCAAUCGCGACCCGGAAGCCGCCAAGAGAACCAGAACCGCGCCGGCUCGCCGUGGUGUUUGAAGAUAUACCGACCUACCGCCGCUACAAACCCGGCACCGGCCCCCGCCUGCCCCCGAUAACCUUCGUGCCCCUCCGCGACACAACGGCCUACAUCCGCGACGAGUUCUUCGUCCCGCCCGCGCUCUCUGAGGACGGUAAGAAGCGUCUGAAGUACGUGGUGGGAUGGACGGACCUGCCGGCCGCGAGGCUCGUGGUCGAUGCCGAGCGGAUAUGCGACUACGUCUCGCCCAUGGCGUACGAGGAGUGGUGCGCCGCGCGCGCCGAAGAGCAGGACGAGGAGGAACGCAAGCUAGAGCAGGCGGAGAACGUGCGCGCCGUCGAGGAGGCUGAGGCGCGGGAGAAGGGUAUCGUGCUGCUUGGCGACAAGGCCAGCAAGGGGACAAAGAGCGGUAGGAAGAAGAGGAAGAAGCAGAGGGCGGCCGAGGAGUUGAGAACACCACCACCCGCCGCCGCGGGCGGAGAGAAGAGGAAACGAGGUCGGCCGAGGAAGAAUGCGCCUUCGCUUUCCACGCCGUCCAAGGGUGUCUUGGCGGACGAUUUUGAGGAACUGGAUAUGGAAGGGGACCUCGAGAUGGAGGAAGCGGACGAGGACGAAGCCAUCUUCCGGCAACUGAAUGGGGAGGAACCCUUACUGCUGACGGAGGAUUCGUACGACUCUGGCGAACAGAGCAGUCUGCCGGCGGGCCUAGAACCCCCCAACAAAAAGCAGAGAACGAGGUCGCCGAGACAGACGCUCUCGCGGUUGAUGCCGGGCAUCGAGACGGACAGCAGCCGGAGCACGCCCUUCGACUCGUCCAGAGGAGCCACGAGCUCGCCAGCACUUCCGCCGUUACCACCGCCGCAAGCGUCUUUUUCUCAGAGUACCCGGCUGCGGGAGAAAACCAUCUUCCCGCCGAUACCCCCGGCCUCUGCGAACCACACAUCCACACCCACGGCACCGCGGAUCAAGACGCUACAACCGCCGAAGCGGUCCCUCCUCUCGAUACGAGACCCCCCUUCAACGCCCCAGCACUCGUCCUCGCCAAAAGUGCAAACACCUACACCCAAAGCCGGGAAGUUACCACUGCCGGCCACGGCGCCCCCGGCGUUGAACCCACCACGCAACGGUACGGGGAUGCUUCUUCACACUCCGACACCAAGAACGGGCUUCACGCCUCUAAUCCACAACUCGACCCCAUGGACGGUCUCCCUCGCGGCCUCAAAGGCCGCCUACUCCCACCUGACGCCCACGCAGCCGGUCCAAUCAAUAGAACAACCCUCCUUCACCAACCCGAUAUCAAUCCCAAAACCCAAAACCACCCCGAAAUCAAGAGAACCACAACAAGCAGCCUUGGCCCAAAUCUUCUCAGCACCCCCCGCCACAACAGCGGGCAGCAAACGCGCAGCCGUUCGAUCCAAACCCGCCGCCAAACCCAACACCGCGCGAAAAACAGGCGGCAAGCUCUCAACAGAAGCUUCCGACGAAGAAGACGAGCAAGUCUAUGAGGUCCUCCGCAUCGAAGCCGUAGAAGACCGCGUCUCCCCCCGCUCCCACGGCAAGAAAACCACACGCUUCUUUCGAGUCCGCUGGAAGGGCAACUGGCCCUCGUCAAUGAACCCGACAUGGGAGCCCGAGUCCAACAUCCCCCAGCACGUAAUCAAAAACUUUUACAUACAGAACGGCUACCACCCAAAGAACCCGCAGGUUGGCGCCAUGGACAAAUACCUCAUACCACGACAGUACUCGUCCGUUUCGCAAGCGUUUGAGGAUGGCGAAGGCGGCGAGGGCGACGACGGUAACGAUGACGAUGACGAUGACGACAACGGGGCACAGGCCGAGGAGGGCGAUGAGAUUGUUGUGGAGGGUGGCGAUGCGGAGAACGGUGACGAUGAUCAGGGGGAUGAGAUGCUGCUCGUUACGGACGAGCCCGGACUGCCCUUUAACCCGACGUUUUCUAGAUGA